AUGAUUGAUUUUCUAUCAGGCCUUUUUCUGGCCUUGCUGUCACUUGUUGCAGUUGUGAAAGCCAUCACACUUUACAAGUCAAAAGUUACACAGCACAGAUGUGACGGAGUUACAGAAACUUCAUUAUCAGCAGACAGCCAGUUACAAUCCAGCACGUCACUAUCUCAUUGCCGAUCUCCAGGCUGCUAUCGAUGCUCAAAUAACCAGGGCACUUUGCAAACAGCCCUGACCAGACUGAGCUAUUAUGCACAUGGAGAUAAUAGUGCUAAAGAUGGUACCGCAUUUGUUAGUUUGUUAUCUGUAUCAUUUUCCCCCCACAACUGGUUUCUGCAUUAUUAUCCUCUUUUCAUAGACAGUCUGAAAGUCCCAGGAGAUGAUUGCAAGUUGUAUGUUGGUGAUCAGACAUGUUGCUGGCAAGAGGGGAAGGUUCUGUGUUUUAAUGAUGCUUUCCCACAUUCAGUGGAGCACACAGGAGCAGCACCUGGCAGCAGCUUAAGAGCGGUGUUUAUGUUGGAUCUUUGGCACCCUGAUAUCACAAAGACCCAAAAGGAUAUUCUGAAUUAUACUUUUAGUGCCUGA